CUUUUUAAGAAAAUGUCUAUGGAGUUAGAUGUGUUUGUUGGGAAUACCACUGUCCUGGAUGAAGAUGUGUACCAACUGUGGUUGGAUGGACACACAGAAUGAGACAGUUUACAAAUGCAGAUGGAAGCAGGAGCCUUGCUGGUGUGUGAAGCCAAUGCAGACGUUUUGCACAGCGACACCAUGGACCAGUUCAGGACAUUCCAGAUGUGUGAGCAGCUCCUACAAUCCCCUUCCAAAGUGGCCAAUCACAUUCUUUUCCAGAUCCCUCCUCACCGUCAAACCAUGCUUAUUGAGAGGUACUAUGAGUUUGAUAGUGUGUUUGCCAGGGAGGUGCUCGAUAAGAAACUCUCCUAAGGGACCAGAAAAGACUUGGACAACAUCAGUUGAAAGACUGGGAUUGCACACAAGAGCUGUUGUCGACAGGUGCUGCAGACACUCUGUGUGUUUAAAGUGGUGGAAGAGCUAAAAAGCCCUCUAGUGGAGAACAUAUAACAUGACUUUCUCAUGUCUGAUGUUCUAGCCAGGGACUAUACCGCCAUUGUGUUCUUUGCUAAAAGUCGUUUGAGACAGGGACUACAGUACUGGUCUUUCCAGGACUUUACCUUUUGCGCUGGUCACCUCAUCAGCUACUGGACUGUGGGGGCAGUUGUAAAUAUCCAGCAGCGUCAGACACAAGCGAGCUUGACCAGGAUGAAAGUUAACCAGGAAUUUGAAUCCUUGGGGGGGAAAAAAGGCAGGAGGGUGAAGGGUGGCAGAGAUGCAGGGGCCGUACUGGAGUGGGUGGAGGGGAAGAAGUGGGCCGUCCUUAGCUCCUUUCAAUAG